GAGGCCACUCCGAUACAUCUUGGACUGCGCCCUCGCGGAAAUCGCAAAGGGAUUUAGUCGGGCUCGAGUGACGUAAAACAGCAAAGAUAUCAGCACGGAGAUUUCUGGAUCUUUCCACUGGCUCUGCCCAGCUCCUGACUGAGACUCGGACCCGUCGACGGGAAUAGCGGGCGCCGAAUCUCAUAAUAUUGGGCCCUACUUCCGAGACCCAAGUGCCAUGGCCACUAAAUAAAUCAAUCAACUUCUGGCCCGUGCCCAAUUGUUCUGCCCGACUUUCGCGAUGGACACAAUACACGAGUCGACUGAGAGAAUGGCUGUCAUGUCCGGGGUGUGGCCUGAGCCGACUACUAGUAGUAGUAGUGGUGCGUCUGCAGGUGCCGGACCAAGCCGAUCGAGAACGGAACCGAUCAUCUCCAUCUCUCCUGCUGUCGACAGGCGACCGGAAACGCCUUCAUCGAUGAAGUCGCCCGUAGGAAGAAAGACCAGCUUCCGCGUUCCUAAAUGGGUCAAGCGGUCCGGUUCCAGUCGGACAAUCACGGCGUCAGUCAGAUCCGCACCGGAAGCCUGGAGGCCACAGAUCGAGCACUUGGGUGGCGGGCGCGUCGAGGACGCAGAUGUUCCGAGCAUUGAGAGCGCCCUCAGCAGCAACAACAACAGCGCCCCCCAGUCCCCUUCCACCCUUCUAGUGCCGGGGUCAACCCUGGGAAAUCGAGCACUGAAGAGUGACACCGGCUCGAUCGACAGCCGCGCCACCAAGUGGUUCGACUUUUACAAGGAGCCACCAAGCGAGACCGAAAGGUCGCAGUCGCAGCCGCCUCCUCUCAGACCCAAACCCUCCCACGAGAGACUCCCGAGCCGAGGGGGAGAGGACCCUGCUCCUCCUAGCCCCCUGAGCGCUACAGACCUCCGGCCGCCGCCGCUCAGACUGCCGUCGUCUGAGAAGAGCCGCAGCCCCAAGACACCCCCGCCCAACACGCCAUUGCCCUCCUUACCCAGCUCACCACGGCCCACGGGGCAACAACCCACGCCACUGGCACGGAAGGACUCGAAGUACAAGCCCCUCCCCAUCCUUCCGCCACAGCAGCACCGGGCCGAGGGAGGAGGCUCAGUAGCGGCCGACAAAGCCAACCCGGGGAGCGAUAGGCCUAAGAAGCCUGAGUAUGCUGUACGAUCGCCCUCUUCGCAGAGCCAACGAGCAGCAGCAGCAGCAGGAGGAGGAGCAGGAGGCGUCUCAGCAAACCGACAAGACGACUGGGCAUUUGUCGCGCCGCCCGCCAUCCACGUCGACACGCCCCCUCCCACGCCAGACGGCACCGACUUAGAGAGCAUUGUCGGAGCGUACGGCGGGAGCAAAGAAAGAAGGGAAGAACAACAACGGGUCCAGAACAAGAACAGCAGCGAUGGAGCAGGCGCACCGUACGUUCCCACUCCAAAUGCGCAGACCACAAGCAGCGCAACCACCACCACGACAACCAGCAGAGAAAGAGAAAAAGGAAGAGGUGAAGAAGAAGAGACAAAACCUACCCGAUUGGCUCGGCGGCCUUCGGAGCGAGUCGACUCGCUGCGGCACACGCGCCAGGAACGCAUCUGGCUGCACGUCAAUUACCGCGGGGAGGCGCCCUUCCUGAAGGCGUGGGGGUUGGAUAUCGGGAGGAGGUCGGAUCGGCUGGAGGGGUUGGCCAUCCUCCGGGAGUUGAUCCAUGCGGAGGCGCAGGAGAGGAAAAGAGAAAGGGGUUCUUCUGUUGGUCGUCAGGGAGGGGUGGACCGAGAUGAGAGGGAGUGAGGGACCUAUAUACUGUAAUAAGUGCUGUACUAUACGUACUAGUAGCUGGUGGCUUUUCUGGUUGUUGCUGUUUGUCUUGUUGCUGUAUACCCGGGCUAGUAUUAAUCAUUCCAUUUGUUCAAUUGUUAGACAGGUUACGUGACAAGUUAGUCGUAGGAAGAGCCAGUAAAUCCUAUCUUUCCACUACGAAUCAAUCUAUAACCUUC